GGGUGGCAGUAGGCAGCUCUAUCUAUCUCUCUCUGAAUUCCCGAUCUUUCUCUUUUCUCUCUCUGUCUCACUGUAAUAACAAAACAAAAACAGAAACAAAAAACGAAAGAACCUCAUCGACCUCUCUCUGUCUCUUCGCCACUCAUUUCACUUACCAAACCUCACUUCGAUUCUCAUUCUCAUUAUUCCAAUUCUCCCUCUCUCCCUUCUCAUGGGUUGAACCACCGCGCUUCUCAAUUACCCAAUCAAAUCACACUUACAAUAUCUCAAUGGAGUGGGACAGCAAUUCCGAUCUCAGCACCGAUGACGACGAACCCUUCCUCCGCGGCGGCUCCAACGACGACGAAGAUUUCGGUGUCGGACCUAUCCCUUUCCCGGUUCUCCAAACCGCGCCGUGCGGCUUCGUGGUUACUGACGCGCUCGAACCUGACCAACCUAUCAUAUACGUCAACACCGUCUUCGAGAUGAUUACCGGCUACCGUGCUGAGGAAGUUCUCGGUCGCAACUGCCGCUUUUUGCAGUGUCGAGGCCCAUUUGCUAAGCGAAGGCAUCCACUGGUGGACUCAACAGUAGUAGCAGAAAUUAGAAGAUGCCUCGAAGAAGGGGUUGAAUUUCAAGGUGAGUUGCUGAACUUUAGGAAAGAUGGAUCUCCACUUAUGAACAGACUGCGGCUGACACCUAUAUAUGGAGAUGAUGAGAUAACUCAUGUCAUUGGAAUCCAGUUCUUCACAGAGGCAAACAUUGAUCUUGGUCCUCUUCCAGCUUCAACUAAGGAGUCUACUAAAUCAGAUCGUUUUCGAUCCGUGCUUUCCUCAUUGCAUCCUCGUGAGGUGGGGGACCGAAAUGUGACUCGUGGCCUCUGUGGAAUAUUGCAAUUGAGUGAUGAAGUAAUUUCUCUCAAGAUACUUGCUCGCUUAACUCCAAGAGAUAUUGCAUCAGUUGGUUCUGUUUGUAGGCGUUUGUAUGAGCUGACAAGAAAUGAAGAUCUAUGGAGAAUGGUGUGCCAAAAUGCAUGGGGAUGUGAGACUACACGUGUUUUAGAGACCGUGCCUGGUGCAAGGAGACUUGGAUGGGGUCGGUUGGCAAGGGAGUUGACCACACUUGAAGCAGCAGCAUGGAGGAAACUGACCGUUGGAGGUGCUGUUGAACCCUCACGCUGUAAUUUCAGCGCAUGUGCAGUUGGCAACAGGGUUGUCCUAUUUGGUGGUGAAGGAGUUAACAUGCAACCUAUGAAUGACACCUUUGUAUUAGAUCUUAAUUCUAGUAAUCCCGAGUGGCAACACGUCCAGGUGAGCUCUCCUCCUCCUGGUCGUUGGGGCCACACACUUUCUUGUGUUAAUGGUUCCCGCUUGGUUGUAUUUGGAGGGUGUGGAAGGCAGGGCUUACUUAAUGAUGUCUUUGUUCUUGACCUGGAUGCAAAGCCUCCAACUUGGCGAGAAAUUUCUGGAUUGGCACCUCCACUUCCUAGAUCAUGGCACAGCUCUUGCACUCUUGAUGGUACCAAGUUGAUAGUUUCUGGAGGCUGUGCUGAUUCUGGAGUCCUCUUGAGUGAUACUUUCCUCCUUGAUUUGUCAAUGGAGAAACCUGUCUGGAGGGAGAUACCAGUGACAUGGACUCCACCUUCUCGUCUAGGCCACACCCUUUCUGUUUAUGGUGGUAGGAAAAUAUUGAUGUUUGGGGGUCUGGCCAAGAGUGGACCACUGCGUUUUCGCUCAAGUGAUGUAUUCACGAUGGAUUUAAGUGAGGAUGAACCGUGCUGGAGGUGUGUAACAGGGAGUGGGAUGCCUGGUGCUGGAAACCCUGGGGGAAUAGCUCCUCCUCCUAGGCUUGAUCAUGUGGCUGUUAGUCUUCCUGGUGGGAGAAUUCUGAUAUUUGGUGGGUCCGUUGCAGGACUUCAUUCUGCCUCCCAACUUUACAUCCUUGAUCCAACGGAUGAGAAGCCAACAUGGAGAAUCCUAAAUGUACCAGGGCGGCCUCCUAGAUUUGCAUGGGGACAUAGCACAUGUGUUGUUGGAGGGACAAGAGCUAUUGUGCUCGGUGGCCAAACGGGGGAGGAAUGGAUGCUAAGUGAGCUCCAUGAACUUUCCCUGGCAAGUUCUGUAAUCUAGAUCCUGUCAAUAAGUUGCAUGCUGUAGUGAAGGCAAUGUGCUACAAGGCUUUGGUUACAGUUGUGACAUCAUUUGGAGCACAAGUUGGCGGCAAAGGUUUGUAUUGGUCACUGAUAACUCUUGAGAAGCAUUACUCUUGUCGGAAAGUUUGUGUACUAAGUUGUUUGCACAAUGCAUUUUGUUGUAUAUGGUUGGUUCUGGCUCGAGAAGAACUUCUCAGCGAGUUGCAUACCAUGUUUGCUUUUUGUGAGGUUGUGUGAGACUUUGCCCUUCAGUAUGCACAAUGAAUUAUUCUUCCUGAAUAGAUUAAUAGUGCCUGAUAACAAGUAGGUAACAUUUUAGGGUAACUCACUUGAUCUCCCCCAUGUUUUGUUCAAAUUGUGUAAUUGAAACCGUGACAAACAAUAGAAAAAGGAAGGAAAAAAAAAAAAGUGAAUGCAUGUUCAUAGUAACGUAAUUAGGCAUAUUUUAUGUUAUGUAAGUCUACUGUUUUGUGUUUUAGAACGAGUCAGCUGACAUGGUCUUAAUUGGUUGUACUGCAAAAAGGUCUGAGAUAGGGAACACUGCAUAUUGUACAUAUUUUCGUGUAUAUUGUAAUAAUAUGGAGUAUGAUGAAAAGCA